CCUGUGGCAUUCUCCCUCCUCCCCUCCUACUGUUGUGAUUGCACCUGCUGCAUGUGACCAGCGGGCACUGAAGGCAGCCGCAGCCACAGCCACGGCGCGCGGUGAAGAGGCAGCUGCCGCUGUGCCAGCUCCCGCCCAGCCCUCAUUGAGAAAAGGGGAGCCAGAGCUGGAGGAGGGGGGAGGAGAAGCUCCCCGCAGAGCUGCCUUCUCCAGGGAUCCGGAUCCGAGGAGGCUCCUUGGAAUGGGCACUCGGCUGUUCUGACGUGGAGAUUCCCUCGGGAGCCCGGGAGUUUGAAGACAGAAGGGAAAAGGGAGAAGCCCGCAGAGAGCAUCAAAGGCAGAGGGGUGCUAUAAAAGGAACCGGGGAGUCCUUUGAAAAGAACCUAUCAUGCACUGAAAAGCUUUCUGGAGAAGGUGCCAUUAUUUGCCUCCCCUUUUGCUCAGAUGAAAGGAGCCAGCAAGGACGGUCCUGAAGUAUUCCUCAGGGGCCUUUUUGUCAUUGUUCCUUUUUCCCCUUGCAUAGGACUGUUCGCUGACCUUUCCAGAGGAAUCUCAGUACCCCCAGUUCCAGCUGAGAAGACAGUUCUUAAUAAAAAAACAACUCCUGCUGUUUGAAUGGGGGGUGCAGCUUGCUUGCUGAGGCUCUUUUUGCUGAGACAUUUUGGAGUGACUGCAGAAACUUAAAAACUGAACAAAACACCAAAACCUUAAACCUCUUUGGAUUAGGCAAGAGAAAAGGAAAUUUUUUUUGACCAAACAAGAAGUAAAGGGGAGGUGGUAACUUAUCCCUGAUCCAGGACCUGGAUGAUAAAAGCCUUCAAGUUAUAGGAAUCAGCACUUCCACCCUAACAAAUAAACAUGAGAAGGAGUGGCUGUGGGGUAUCGCGCAGAGGCAGGUUUUAAAAGAAGCCUGAGACUGGUUCCAAACUUCGGGCCUGUAUGAUGCCUGAAGACCGAACUAUUGGGGGACGCCCCUCAGGUGCCUUAGCAUCAACUCCUUUCAUUCCUAAAACUACAUACAGAAGAAUCAAACGGUGUUUUAGUUUUCGGAAAGGCAUUUUUGGACAGAAGCUGGAGGACACUGUCCGUUUUGAGAAGAGAUAUGGGAAUCGUCUGGCCCCAAUGUUGGUGGAGCAGUGUGUGGACUUUAUCCGACAAAGGGGGCUGAAAGAAGAGGGUCUCUUCCGGCUGCCAGGCCAGGCUAACCUCGUUAAGGAGCUCCAGGAUGCCUUUGACUGUGGAGAGAAGCCGUCAUUUGACAGCAGCACGGAUGUACACACAGUGGCAUCACUUCUUAAACUCUAUCUCCGAGAACUUCCGGAGCCAGUUAUUCCUUAUGCAAAGUAUGAAGAUUUUUUGGCCUGUGCCAAACUGCUCAGCAAGGACGAAGAAGCUGGUGUUAAGGAAUUAGCAAAGCAGGUGAAGAGUUUGCCAGUGGUCAAUUACAACCUCCUGAAGUAUAUUUGCAGGUUCUUGGAUGAAGUACAGUCCUAUUCUGGAGUUAACAAAAUGAGUGUGCAGAACUUGGCCACUGUCUUUGGCCCUAAUAUCCUGCGUCCCAAAGUGGAAGAUCCUUUGACUAUCAUGGAGGGCACUGUGGUGGUCCAGCAGUUGAUGUCCGUGAUGAUUGGCAAACACGACCGCCUCUUCCCCAAAGAGGCAGAACCGCAAAGCAAACCCCAAGAUGGAGUGAGUAACAAUAACAAUGAAAUUCAGAAGAAAGCCACCAUGGGUCAGCUACAGAACAAGGAGAACAAUAAUACCAAGGACAGUCCUGGUAGGCGGUGCUCUUGGGACAAGUCUGAGUCUCCUCAGAGAAGCGGCAUGGAUAACGGAUCCCCCACAGCUGUACCGGGUAGUAAAACCAACAGCCCGAGGAACAGCGUUCACAAGCUGGAUGUGUCUAGGAGCCCCCCUCUCAUGGUCAAAAAGAAUCCUGCCUUCAGUAAGGGCAGUGGGAUCGUCACCAACGGAUCCUUCAGCAGCAGUAAUGUGGAAGGUCUGGAGAAAACCCAAACCACUCCCAAUGGGAGCUUACAGGCCAGAAGGACCUCUUCCCUGAAGGGGUCUGGUACCAAAAUGGGUACCCACAGUGUCCAGAACGGUACAGUGCGAAUGGGCAUUUUGAACCCCGACACACUUGGGAACCCCAUGAACGGUCGCAGUAUGAGCUGGCUGCCCAAUGGCUAUGUGACCCUGAGGGAUAACAAGCAGAAAGAGCAAGGAGGAGAGUCAGGCCAGCACAACAGGCUCUCCACCUAUGACAACGUCCAUCAGCAGUUCUCCAUGAUGAACCUGGAUGACAAGCAGAGCGUCGACAGUGCCACCUGGUCCACGUCCUCCUGCGAAAUCUCCCUCCCCGAGAAUUCCAACUCCUGUCGCUCCUCCACCACCACCUGCCCAGAGCAAGACUUCUACGGGGCUAAUUUUGAGGACCCUGUUUUGGAUGGGCCCCCGCAGGACGACCUCUCCCACCCUGGGGACUAUGAAAACAAGAGUGACCGGAGGAGUGUGGGAGGUCGAAGUAGUCGUGCCACCAGCAGCAGUGACAACAGUGAGACAUUCGUGGGCAACACCACCAGCAACCACAGCGCACUGCACAGUUUAGUGUCCAGCCUGAAGCAGGAGAUGACCAAACAGAAGAUAGAGUAUGAGUCCAGGAUAAAGAGCUUAGAGCAGCGAAACUUGACUUUGGAAACAGAGAUGAUGAGCCUCCACGAUGAACUGGAUCAAGAAAGGAAAAAGUUCACAAUGAUAGAAAUCAAAAUGCGAAACGCCGAGCGAGCAAAAGAAGAUGCUGAGAAAAGAAAUGACAUGCUUCAGAAAGAAAUGGAGCAGUUUUUCUCCACGUUUGGGGAGCUGACAGUGGAACCCAGGAGAACCGAGAGAGGAAACACAAUAUGGAUCCAGUGAGCCUGCUUCCUCCCACUGUCUCCGAUGGACGUGGCGGGGGCUCCGGGGUGCUGGUGGGAACAUUCUGUGGGAUCGGGUGGCCGGUCCCCUGCUGUACAGUGCUCUAACUGGUGAAGGAAUAUCAUUUACAGACAUUACCCAUCCAUAUCUGCAAUGUGUACCAAAGUUAUAUCAUGCCCCAUAAUGCUACUGUCAAGUGUUACAACUGGAUAUGUGUAUAGAGAGUAGUUUUUAAAAAAAAAAAGUAAACUAAAAAUGGGAAGCAUAUCUCAAGAAUUAUUUUAUUGCAAGUCUUGUAUUUAAAAUGUUAAAUCAAUAUGUUGUUGCAAUUUAGCUUGCUUUCAAGCUUCACCCCUUGCACUUAACAUAAGCUAUUUUUGGCAUUGUGUUAUCAUCAGCUUAUUUUAUAGAUCAAUAUUUUUAUUUCCCCUUUUGCUGAGGAAAUGAAGAUGAGCAGAUAUAUAAAUAUAUAUAAAUAUAUAUCAGAUGAGUUAUUAAAGUCAAAAGAAUAUUUCGUGGCUGUGCUGUUUGUGCCAAUAGACCCCACCAUGACCAAAAGAGAAAUGUAAAUAGUUUUAUAAAAUACAGUAGACUCACCAGGAACCUUUGAUUUGCUCUUUAAAUUCCUCCCUUGACACUGCUCAGUUUUCUUAGGGAGGUGUCUUGACACAGAGAAUUUUGGAUUUUGUGGGAAAAAUAUAAAAGGCCCCAUCUCGAGGCUUAUUGUCUGCCUGGUCAGUCCCACAGAUGAAUGUCUCCUGUGCGGAAUGCACUUUAGAGGGAGCAGAUGGUAAAAGCAUUUAAUGAGUCAUGCCAUGAACUACUCUGACCUUCAGGACUGAGUCUCGGUAACUGCUACAUGGUUUCGAGAACAGUUCUUCCCACCAUUUGAAGGUGGGGAAACAAUGCUCGCAAUUCUAUGCCACAGAAACCCCUCCUAUCUGCUCAGACCUUGCCUCCAACCCCCAGCAAACACACUGCAGUGCAGGCAGUGAGAUGGUGUGACCGUGACCCUCUCAGUUGAACGGCUAGCAUGCGAGCCGUACAGUGACAUGUUUCUGUCACUCAGGCCUACUGUCCUGUUGUCACCUGGGAUUCUGUCUGCAGGACUACUGGGAAAGGCAGGGGAUGGAGUGGAUAGCCCAGGAGGAGGAGACAAGUUAGGAAGAAGCCAACCAUUUUGCUUCUAAUUUUUACAAUAUUGUUCUUCCCAGUUGAAAACAUACUUGUUCACAACAAUUUUAAGAUGUGAAUGUUUUGAGGUCCAAUUUUGACAAGUUUAUGCACAUGAGUAAUGGUGACUGUAUGUAGGAGCCCAAGGCUCUCUGGAGGUAGAGUUUGGAAAGAACAACUCUUCACGCUCCAGUAAGGCAAUGACUUUGAGAAGCCAGGCAAGGAACUGUUUCUCACCCUAGAACGAAAAGUCACAAAAGGCAUAACUGGAAAUAAAGACUGCUUGAGUUUAUA